AUGGUCCAGUUCUCCGAGGAAACCAAGGAGCGCAUCUCCAAGAUCGUCGACGUCUCCAGAGUUGCUAUUCACUAUGGAUACCUGCCCUUAAUUGUCUAUCUGGGUUACACCUACAGUGAACCCAAGCCAUCUUUGUUCAAGUACGAGCGACUGCUCCCUGCCGACGCCUUCCCGAUGAUUGCGGCUCGCUAA